AUGCGGUUGGUCCCGUUCGAUUCCGGGCCGAAUGCGCAUGGUCGGGGUGGGCGCGAGUCCGCGACUUCACUCACCCAUUCUUCUUCCAAGCUUCCCUCCACACGCGGACUCCCUCGCGCCGUCCAAAAUAAUGGGUCUCGUGUCGUCCUCAUGCUGUGCGCUUUCGAUAUGCGAUAUGCGAAAUGCGAACUGCGAAAUGCGAAAUGCGCCUGUCCAACAGCAAACCAUGUCUCGCCGACCAUUCUGAUUAUCAUGAUUCCACGCACUCCCCUUCCUCGAAUGCAUGGUGGCAUUUACACUGCAUUGUGUAUGGUGCACUGGGGGAGUGGGCAUACAUUUGGUGGUAACUUCAAUCCCACCCACCCAUCGCUACACCCCGUCUCCACAAUCGCAAUGCCGCUUGAAGCUGGAGAGGUAAUGGACAGAGCCACUAUAAAUUCUCCUGCAUUUUCCCUUCUCGUUUUGUUCCUUCCACCUCCAAAACAUCUCGACUCUGACAUCUGUACGAUGACAUACUCCAAGAUAAUUCCAGAGCAGUAUCAUCAUCCCAGCACCCCGCCAGAGCAACUGCCACCAGGGCCAACGGCGAACGAGUAUCGUGUCCAGGGCAAGAAAUGGUUCCCUCGCAAUGACCCGCCAAGACCGUUGGAACAGCUACGAAGCCUCGGUCAUGAGCAGCUUGCAGAUCCCCAACUCGGUCCAACCCUCGAGGAGUACAGGAUGUUGUCCCCCAGAGACGGCACGAAAUGGACCGCCGAAGAGCACUCGCUGAUUUCUGCAGACCGCCUUGCUGUACAGGCUGCGAUGUACUUCCGAGAACAUGCCAUACGUCGAAAUCGCGCGACACUGCGAGUUCACAACCUACGCGAGCGCAGAGUCAAGGGCUUCGAGCGCUAUGACACCUCAGUGCUCGCCUCCAGGUUUGGACGGAGAAGGCCUCCAGGUGGCGGUGGUGGUGGCCCUGCUGGUUCACGGCCUUUGGUGCCUGCACCGCGGCAACGUAGGACGCUUCAGAGCAGGGCAUCGGCUCCUCCCAUGACACAGCCUGGGCCAUCCCAGCCGCAGCCCGUCCAGCCGCAGCCCGUUCAGUCGCAGCCCGCUCAGUCGCAGCCCGUCCGGUCGCAGGACGUCCAGUCACAGGACGUCCAGCCGCAGCCCGUCGAGCCUCAGCCCGUCGAGCCGGCCUUGACUUCAGGUCAGUCUGCUUUCUGCCCGAUCAACAAGCCUAACCAGGGUUAUACUGACACGAAACAAGCUGCUCAUGCCUUGAUCGCCUUGAGUCAGGGCAACCGCAGCUCGGAAGGGGAGAGGCGUACUGCGUUGGCAACCAACGAGGCUGCGCGAGGAGAUUCUCUGCAGCAACAGCCAGAGGACUUCUCUGAGCCAACAUCGCCUCACACUGGCCCUGCCGAACCUGCCGCUAUCGGUCACUGGACUGCUACGCUUUCAAUCAACGAGAGUGUACGGCCUGGCCCGUCUCAACAAUCCCCUCGGGCUUCACCGAUCACAGAAGUAGAGCCCAGAGGCGAUUCCUCUGCGCUUGAGUCGACGCCAACGAGCCGGCGUAUGACUUUACUCAGCACCAUCUUUGGACGGACAUCGAAUGCAAUUCAGGGGGGAAAGUUCUUUCGUUUCACGACAGCACCCAUCGCUUCCAGAUUAUUUGACUCACAAUGGCCUGGUCUGCUUAGCGAUGCUAUGAGAACCAUUUCCAGAUACCCGCGGCAAUCACGGCGACCAUUUCAUAAGUCUAGUACUUGUUCGUACUUGGAGAAUCGCAGUUGUAUACACCACCUCUUGGCCAUUCGCCAUUGCAUGUUAUCGAGCACGUUUCGAGUCCCACUGAGAGUCGUCCUGGAAGUCAUGUCACUUGAUCGUCAAGCUUGUCCUCGUACCUACGUGAGGCUCGUUUGCUCAAAUCACUCGCGAUACUUGUCUCAACCGCGACUACGAUCCAAGCGACUCUACGGGUCUGGGAUCAGUCAACCGCACAGUGCGAUGACAAUCGAUCAAAAAAAAAAAACAGGUAGUCGUGUCACUUUCUUCGAGCAAGAACCUGCCAACUGUCGAUUACUGAUCACCGUCGAUUCUGGUACAGGUAGCAAACUCGAAGUCUCCGUGGUCAUAACUUGCGAUGACGAGAGUCUCCAUCACGGCAGAAAAUCAUACUUUAUGGCAUGCGCUAGUGACCGGGAGAAUAUCAAAACUGUUACGAAGCUGCGCAUUUGUCAUCUUCACCCUGUCGAGCCAAAAUGA